AUGCCCGAAAUCGUGGCAAGCCAAACACCACCGAUUUUGCACGGCCCUUCGGAAAAGGAGAGGAAAUAUGACCGACAGCUCCGUCUUUGGGCAGCGAGCGGCCAAGAAGCGCUUGAGGCGGCCAACAUCCUGGUUGUGAACUCGGGCUGUGGUACUGUUGCUACGGAGACACUCAAGAACCUUAUCCUUCCUGGCAUCGGAAAGUUCACAAUCUUCGAUAAAGCUACAGUCCAGGAAGAGGAUCUUGGGGUCAACUUUUUCCUAGAAGAAGCUAGCCUUGGAAAGUCAAGAGCCCAAUGCUGCACAGAGCUCCUUCUCGAGCUCAACCCCGAAGUACAGGGCGACUGGUACCCCAAGCCAGAGAAAGACCUCACACUCAUUGAAGAAUACGGGAAACAGCACAAGACUCCACUGCUGGCAGUGCAUUCGGCUGGCUUCUACUCAUACUUCCGAAUUUGCUUGCUCGAGCCUUUCCCGGUCGUCGACACGCACCCGGACGAAACUGCAACAACAGAUCUCCGGUUGCUAGCACCCUGGUCCGAGCUGGAAGCUUUUUCACAGGAGCUCGCGGCUAAUAUCGACACGCUGGAUGACCAUGCACACGGUCACUUGCCAUAUAUUGUGAUCCUGCUGCAUUACCUAGAGCGCUGGCGUAAGGCACACGACGGCAAAAAUCCGGUCACAUACAAAGAGAAGGUUGCUUUUAGGCAAACGGUGGCAGACGGUGCAAGAAAAAACAUUCCAGAGGGGGCAGAGGAGAACUUUGAGGAAGCAGUCAGCGCCGUUCUCAGGAACGUAGAGAAGCCGACCAUCCCAUCAAGUGUUCGAGAAGUAUUCGCACACGAUCUACAAGACUCAGAACUCCGUUCAGGAUUCUGGGCUAUUGCCCGUGCAGUCAAACAGUUCUACGAGAAGCAUGGCGCCUUGCCACUGCCCGGAAAGGUCCCCGAUAUGAAGGCCCAGUCCAAAGUGUACAUCCAGCUUCAGACGAUUUACAAAAACAAGGCCCGGAAAGACGCAGCCGAGGUACUUGCCACUGUACGAGAGCUUCCAGGUGGCAAAAAUGUCGACCCUGCAGAGGUCGAGCUGUUCUGCAAGAACGCCGCCUUUAUCAAGCUUAUCAAUGCGACAGAGACAAGUGCAGAUCGCUUGUCCAAGGUUACCGAGGAGGAGUUUGCCAAGGAUGAGAAUGCUGAGAUCCUAAUGGCUCCUCUGUCGUUGGCACCAAUUUAUCUAGCACUUUAUGCUACGGCACACGCGCCUGAGGCGACGUCCGAUGAAAUAUUGAAGAGCAUUGAUCAACUUGUACCAAAGGCUAGCCAGAAUGAACGGGUCGUCAUGGUUGCGGAGGAAUUAGCCCGCGCCAAGGGUGGCGAGCUCCACAACAUAUCAGCCCUGACAGGUGGUAUGGUGGCACAGGAGAUCAUCAAAAUCAUAACGAGGCAGUACAUCCCUAUCGACAACACCUGCAUUUUCGACGGUAUCAGCAGCCGAUGCCAAAUACUUCGUCUAUAA